AUACGGGUAGGAAAGUGGCGGAUGAAUACUUAUAUCCCUCCGCCUCUCAGCUUUUUUUUACACGGAGAAAAAAGCGACGACAGUGGAGCUGCUGCGCCCAGACUACGACUCCCGGUUACAGUAGCUAGCGCCACCCGCGUAGAAUCCAACAAAUAUGGCUGACCAACUAACAGAAGAGCAAAUUGCAGAAUUCAAAGAGGCUUUCUCCUUAUUUGACAAAGAUGGAGAUGGCACCAUUACCACCAAAGAGCUGGGCACAGUGAUGCGGUCACUGGGGCAGAAUCCCACAGAGGCAGAGCUUCAGGAUAUGAUCAAUGAAGUGGAUGCUGAUGGCAAUGGGACCAUCGACUUCCCAGAGUUCCUAACUAUGAUGGCCAGAAAGAUGAAAGACACAGACAGCGAGGAGGAGAUCCGUGAAGCCUUCCGGGUAUUUGACAAGGAUGGAAAUGGUUAUAUCAGCGCUGCAGAGCUGCGUCACGUCAUGACAAACCUCGGGGAGAAGCUCACAGAUGAAGAAGUGGACGAGAUGAUCAGAGAAGCGGAUAUUGAUGGGGACGGUCAGGUGAACUAUGAAGAGUUUGUACAGAUGAUGACCGCAAAGUGAGACGUCCUGUUCUUCCCUGCCCUCUUAGAAGAAAACAAAAAAAAUCAAUCAAAAGUUUUAUUUACCUCUUGGGGGGAAAAACGUACAUUUACUCAUAAUGUUUCUGUACAGAAAAGAAUUGAAUGUUGAAAUAAAAUAAUCCUUCUGUCCACACAGAUAAAAAAAAUCCAAUAUUUGCAUGAAAUGGUUAGUGAUCCUGUCCCUUACAGAUCAAUCUAGAAUCAGUUAUUAACGAGUUAAAUAACCUGUAACUACUGAAAAAAAAAACAGAAGAAGAAAACAAGCAUCUGGUGAGCUCCCUCAGUUCCAUUUGCUCUUGGUGAUGUUUGGGCUGGCCAUCUAUUCUCUCCUCUCUGUUUUCUGUUCUUCAUGCAUGCAGUCUGCGACUGGAGCUCCUUCUCCUGCGGUCUGAGCGUGCUCUUUCCACUGAAGUGUCGUAAUGCCCGUUAGUUCUGUUCUUUUGUAUUUCUGAAAGGAACCUAUUAAAAACCAGGUUCUGACCAGGCAGUAGGUGGAAUGGGACUUUUAUUGUAUGUGGGGAUAGAAAGAAAUAAGCAAAAAAGAAAAAAAAUUACAAAAUCAACAAAACUCUUAAACAUUUGGCAUGUUUAGGUUUCUAGUGAUUUUGUUUGAUUGAUUUUCUCUCUUUAUGUUACUUUUUCUCUUGGAUGGCUGUGUUCUGGGGGUGGGGGCAUCCUGCUCUUGAGCAGCUGAGGCGGGGAUUUAAUGGGAGUUUCUGGAAAUUUGAAGAAGCAAGUGGGUGGGGGGGUUUCCCCCUCUCUCUCUCUGUUUCUCUUUCUGAUCAGUGAUGGCUUUCUUCACUGUUCAUCUGAGUUCGGUUUACAUUCAUUCCAAGUUGUACAUGCUACUUGUUUUUUUGUUUAUGUUUUAUUGUUUUGUUUUUGUUUUAUUUUUCAAAUAAAAAUGACCAUGAACUUUAUAA